AUGGAGAGUGCAGACAGGGCCUGCUACGGUUGUGGUAAGAGUGGACACAUGGUCAGAGACUGUCCACAGAAAAGAGGUCAGGCUGGAGGCGUAGAGGUGGACCCUAGGAAGACUGAAUCUAUUAAGAACCGGCUAAAGCCUCUUACUCACACCGAUAUCCGUAGCUUUCUCGGAUUGGCUGGUUACUACCGCAGGUUUGUGGAGGGAUUUUCUUCCAUCGUUUCCCAACUUACAGCUUUGACGAAGAAUAAAGUCAUGUUCGAAUGGACGGAGACUUGUGAGAAGAGUUUGAAGAAUCUCAAGGACAGGCUCACUUCAGCCACGGUGCUUACUCUACCUAAGUAUGGUGAGAAUUACACGGUUUAUUGUGAUGAAUCUAGGAGGGAGUUAAAUCUACGUCAGCGCAGGUGGUUGGAGCUAUUGAAGGACUAUGACAUGAAUGUGCACUACCAUCCAGGUAAGGGUAAUGUUGUGGCUGAUGCUCUGCGCAGGAUGAGCAUGGGGAGUACAUCCCACAUUGAGGACGAGAAGAAGGAUUUUGCAAAAGAGAUAGAGGAGCUCACUUUACUUCACAAUUCUGGAGAUCAUUCCAAAAAAGCUUGGGCACGUAGUAAAACUUUGCACUGCUUUUCAUCCUCAGACAAAUGGUCAGACAUAGUACACCAUUCAGAGAUUGGAGGACAUGUUGAUAGUGUGUGUGAUUGA